CCUUCGCUCUGACUCCUGGGUCUCUCUCUCUCUCGUUCCUUUCCUCAUCCCUUCUCUCUCCCUCCGUUCACAUUUUUACCUUCUCUUUUUCUUUGAUUUAAAUUCCCGCUCUUUGGUCUGGCGUUUUCUAAAAUGAAUUGAUUUUUGAGGAUGGGCCUUUUAGUGGGGGUGCCGUGGCGGGCCGGGAAACCGUGGCCAGAGGAGCGGUAGGAAAUGGGGAGGGCGGCGCGCUGGUUCCGGGGACUUUUUGGCGGCAAGAAAGCGGAUUCCGGCGGAGAACCCCGGGCGGAGAAGAAGAGAUGGGGCUUCGUCAAGUCGUUCCGGGAGAAGGGCCACCACCAGCAGCAGCGGGGGGGAGGGACACCGCCUCCGCGAGCGGAGGCGGCAGCGCCGGUUCUGGAGGAGCGGAAGGGGUCAUAUAGGGAGGUGGCGCCGCCGUACGCGGCGACCGCGCCGGCGGAGGGGGUGGAUGUGGAUGAGGACGAGCAGAACAAGCGGGCGAUCGCGGUCGCCGCAGCGACCGCGGCGGUGGCGGAAGCAGCCGUGGCGGCCGCCCAGGCGGCGGCCGCGGUGGUGCGUCUGACGAGCAGCGGGCGGAGCGUCGCCGGAUUCGCCGCCGGCGCCGGGAAGCAGGAGCAGUGGGCGGCGGUUAAGAUCCAGGCCGCAUUCCGGGGUUAUCUGGCGAGGAGGGCGUUGAAGGCGCUGAAGGGGUUGGUGAAGCUGCAGGCAUUGGUCAGGGGCAACAUUGUGAGGAAGCAGGCGGCCGAGACGCUGCGAUGCAUGCAGGCGUUGGUGAGAGUCCAGGCCCGGACCCGGGCGUGCCGAGUCCUCCGGUUGGAGAUGUGCAGGUCUGGCAGAGGCUCCCGCACUCAUGCUGGCCCUCCAACACCAGAGAAAUAUGAACAAGAUGUUCGACCAAGUGGUUCAAGAUCCGAUAGGUCUUGCACUCUCAAGAGGAAUUCUUCAAAGCCAGCCAGUAUUGAUGCUGUAGAUUCAGAAAGAGCACACUCUUCUGGAUGGAACUGGUUGGAUCGGUGGAUGGAGGAGCGUUACUGGGACAGCCGAGAAGCUGCUGCAAAACCUGGGCCUGCAGUGGAUGAUGACAAGAGUGCUAAAAUCUUGGAGGUAGACCCGGGAAAGCCACAAUUUAACCCCAAGAGGAGGGGCAACAAUCUCCAGUCCUCAUGCUCGACCCUGGCCUCUGAUCAGAAUAGCCGCAGCUUUGCCGCUGUGCCUGAUUCACCAUCAAAGGACUCCACAACUGCUCAACUAUCCAUUCCCAGUCCAUCCUCUGUCGACAUGCAGCAAUCUCUCAGCCCCCUGAGGUUCCACCUCGCCGAACCCGGGGAUUUCGGCGAAAGCCCGCAGUUUUACUCAGCAACAUCUCGGCCUGGAAGCUCGAGGAGGGGGUCCUUCACUCCUUCGAAGAGCGAGUGCUCUCGCAGCUUAUUUAGCGGGUACUUGGAUUACCCGAACUACAUGGCAAACACGGAGUCAUCAAGGGCAAAAGUGCGGUCUCACAGCGCACCGAAGCAGAGGCCCGAGUUUGAGAAGUCGGGCUCGAUCAAGAGGCUCUCGGGUCAGGGUUUCGGGCAGCACCAUUCCGGGACAUCAGCCCAGAGGUCAUCUUCUCUGCAUGCAAAGUUCACCAACAAGGCCUACCCAGGCUCCGGCCGGCUGGAUAGACUAGGGAUGCCCAUUAGAAUGUGAUGAACUUGACCGACCUCCCAAAAAAAAAUUACUGCAGGAUUGUGUACUUUGUGUUCUUGGGUCACAUGGAGUACUCUCCUAUAGUUGUGUUCCUUCAAUAUCAUUUUGCCUCCUCCUCCACCAUCCGCAAGUCAGUCUUUAGUCAUGUUUGCCUCUCAAGUCAUCGACAAUGUCAUGUUCUGCUUUUUGAAUCUUGCAAUGGAAUCAGAAUAUCAUACUUUUGGUGUG